CUCACGACAAGACCCCUGCACCGCUACGAAUUGACUGUCAGUCACGUCACCUGUUGUAGCCGAGGCUCCUACUGAGAAGCAUGUCGACGAAUAAUAGCUCGAAGCAAACCCCGACGUCGUUGAGCAAAGCCUUUGAGGAUGCAUUGGAGAACAGGAGUGCACGGCAGCUCAGGCGGAAACUGACCAUAUCCCCGCCUAACUCGCAUGACUUCUCUUCUAACGACUUUCUGUCACUCUCGCGCUCUCCCGCCUUCCGCGCGCGCUUCCUCGCACACCUACAGCACGAUCAGCAAACCGCCCCUGCCGAUGAACACCAGCUGCAACAGUACCACCACCCACAACACCCACAGGGCUUGGCGAGCGGCGGCUCGCGCCUCCUGGACGGCAACUCGGCCUUCGCCGAGGACCUGGAGAGGACCAUUGCCUCGUUUCACAGGGCCGAGAGCGCACUGCUCUUUAACUCGGGGUACGACGCCAACGUGGGCCUGCUGUCGUGCGUGCCGCAGCUGGGUGACGCCAUUGUCUACGACGCUCUCGCACACGCCAGUAUCCAUGACGGCAUGAGGUUGUCACGGGCGUCGGCAUCUGCCUGCCUGCCGUUUCCGCACAACGCACCCGAGGGGCUGAGGGGGGUGCUCAAGGAACUGGUGAGCAGAUGGGAUCGCGAGCGUAGGGCAAAGAGCAAUGUCGGGGGCAAGGGCAGCAGCCGCAAUAUAUUUGUUGUCGUCGAGUCCGUGUAUAGCAUGGACGGUGACGUUGCGCCCGUGGAUAGGUUCUGUGACGUCAUUGACGAGGUGUUGCCUCACGGGAACGGUUACCUGAUCAUCGACGAGGCGCAUGCCACGGGCAUCUUUGGACCCAGGGGCGCCGGCGUUGUGCAGAAGCUGGGCCAGCAGCAAAGGGUCUUCAUACGCGUUCACACCUUUGGCAAGGCCCUUGCUUCUCAUGGAGCCGCCGUUCUCUGUUCCUCCCAGACGCGUGAUUAUCUCAUCAACUAUGCCAGGAGCCUGAUAUACACCACGGCUCUACCCUUCCCCGCCUUAGCGUCCAUCCGCACUGCAUAUGAAUUUCUAGACUCGGACGAGUGUGAUGAGCUCCGUUCGAAACUUCACAGGUUGAUUGCAUAUUGCCACAACUCGCUUAUGAGCAUUGAAAACAGCGAUGGUUUGAGCUCGCGAAAGUUGUGUCUCCCAAGAGGUUCUGGAAACCUGCUCAGGGUCGUUACUAUCAAGCACGAGCCUUCUUCUCCCAUCUUCUCCGUCCUGACACCCUUCGCGUUGGAUCUUGCGGCAACAUGUCGAGGGAGAGGCUUUGUAGUCAGUGCCGUGAGGCCGCCCACCGUUCCGGCUGGGACCGAGAGGGUAAGGGUUUGUCUUCACUCGGGUAAUACCGUCGAGGCCAUCGAUCAAUUCACUGCCGUGGUGAGAUCCUGGGUUCGUGGAACGGAUCGGUUUGUUGCGACUCUAUAGUCAUAGAUUCACAGACCCACAUACGAGUGGGUAAAAAGUCGUAAAUCGUUAUUGGCUGGCUUUCUAUCCCUCAUAAUGAAGGCAAGGAUCAAUACAGGGGGUCCUCAGCUGCCAAGUAAAGGUAGUGAUUCUAGCCAGGUGGGAAACCGUAGCCGUCAUGCUAUGGGAUCUACCGGCUCCUUACUGCUGGUGGCUAGUUUGUGUAGUUCCUUUUGCCCGACCUACACGUACACCUCAUCGUUCGACCUCCCCGGGAUAAGUCCCCGCAAAGUGGAUAUGUCCGUUCCCAACGGCGAAACGGGCCAGUGGAUCACUUGCCGUGAAACAUAAAAAGCUCUU